GGUGCCGGCGCGGGCGCCGGGCCGAGGCAGAGACUGCGAGGCCGGCGGGGCAUUCACACUCGGCGCCCGCCGCCGGGCAUGGAGGGCGCCGAAGCGGCAUCCCCCGGCAGCAACAGCCCCAGACCCGUGCAGCCCCGCUGCUCCUCCUGCGGCUCCGGGCCGGCCGGCGGCGGCGGCGAGGCAGCGGCAGCAGCGGCCAUGGAGGAGCCACUUGGGGAGGCUCCGUCCCUGGAGGUAACGGCGGCGAAGAAGCAGCAGGGGGUGAAGCGGCAUCACCACAAGCACAACCUGAAGCAUCGCUACGAGCUGCAGGAGACCUUGGGCAAAGGCACCUAUGGCAAAGUCAAGCGGGCCAUCGAGAGGUUUUCUGGCAGAGUGGUUGCAAUAAAAUCCAUUCGUAAGGACAAAAUUAAGGAUGAACAAGAUAUGGUUCACAUCAGACGGGAGAUUGAGAUCAUGUCAUCCCUCAGCCACCCUCAUAUCAUCACCAUAUAUGAAGUGUUUGAAAAUAAAGAUAAGAUUGUGAUCAUCAUGGAGUAUGCAAGUAAAGGAGAGUUGUAUGAUUACAUCAGUGAGAGGCGGCGUUUGAGUGAAAGAGAGACAAGACACUUCUUUCGACAAAUUGUCUCUGCUGUACACUACUGCCACAAGAAUGGUGUUGUCCACAGGGACCUAAAAUUGGAAAACAUCCUUCUUGAUGACAAUUUUAAUAUUAAGAUUGCUGAUUUUGGACUCUCCAACCUUUAUCACAAAGACAAGUUUCUGCAGACCUUUUGUGGAAGCCCACUGUAUGCUUCCCCUGAAAUAGUUAAUGGACGACCUUACAGAGGCCCAGAGGUUGACAGCUGGGCACUUGGUGUGUUGCUUUACACUCUGGUUUAUGGAACGAUGCCCUUUGAUGGCUUUGAUCACAAAAAUCUCAUCAGGCAGAUCAGCAGUGGAGAAUAUCGGGAGCCAACACAGACCUCAGAUGCUCGUGGUCUUAUCAGAUGGAUGCUGAUGGUGAACCCUGAACGCCGAGCAACCAUUGAAGACAUUGCCAACCACUGGUGGGUUAACUGGGGCUACAAGAGUAGUGUCUGUGACUGUGAUGCCAUGAGGGACUCCGAGUCCCCAUUGCUGGCAAGGUUCAUUGACUGGCAUCACCGAUCUACUGGUCUCCAGCCAGAGACUGAUACCAAAGUGAAGUGCCUUUCUAAGCCCAAAGGUCCUGAAGUCACACUAGAGAGACAAAGGUCUCUGAAAAAAUCAAAAAAGGAAAAUGACAUCGCACAGUCCAUCCAGGAGGGAGGAGCUGAAAAUGCAUCCAAACCCACCUCCAAGAGACCCAAAGGCAUCCUGAAAAAAAGGAGCAACAGUGAACAUCGAUCUCACAGUGCAGGUUUCAUUGAAGGAGUGGUCAGCCCAGUGUUACCCUCUGCUUUUAAGCUGGAGCAAGAGUUGUGUAGGACUGGCGUAGCCAUUAAAAAUGUUGUGGAGGCAGAGGUAGCAGGCAAAUAUGGCACUAAGCAGUCUUCACUAAUGCCAAAAAAAGGAAUCUUGAAGAAAACUCAGCAAAGGGAGUCUGGCUAUUACUCCUCUCCAGAACGAAGUGAGUCUUCUGAACUCUUGGACAAUAAUGAUGAGACAGUAAACAGUGACACUUCUCCAGGGGUCACAGAGCAAUCCAGAAGUGGGUCUUACAGCCAUUCCUGCAGACGUAAGGGCAUCUUGAAACACAACAGCAAGUAUUCUACCAGUGGCACUGAACCUGCUUUGAUUAGCCCCGACACACCAACGCUGGAGGCCAUGGAAGAAGUGGUCCUGCCAGGGGAUGCGUUACCUCGAAGUUACAGUCGCCCUUCCAGCGUGAUUAGUGAUGACAGUAUUUUGUCCAGUGACUCCUUUGAUUUGCUGGAUUUGCAAGAGAACAGGCCAAACAGACAGAGGAUACGGAGCUGUGUCUCUGCUGAAAACUUCCUCCAGAUCCAAGACUUUGAAGGACUUCAGAACCGCCCACGGCCACAAUAUCUAAAGCGUUAUCGCAACCGUCUAGGGGACAGCAGUUUUUCCCUGCUUACAGACAUGGAUGAUGUGACUCAGGUCUACAAGAAAGCCCUAGAGAUCUGCAACAAGCUCAACUAGCAGAGGGAAGAUGGAAAGGGAGGGAAAGGAGAUUUUUCUGUGUACCUUUAUGAUGGAGUAAGCCAGGUCACUGAUGUGCUGAUGCUAGUAAGUUUUCUUCAAGUGAGUUGGCUGGUACCUACCUAGUGGAAUUCCUAAUAGAGUAGCUCUAAAGUCAUCUCAUACUUCUCUGAUUUUUUGUCCUCAAAAUAUUGCUUACCUGAUCAGAGGUAAGACUUUUAGUCUUUUUAAAUGUGAUGAACACACAUCAGGAUCUAGCAGAUAAAAAGCAUCAAGAUUUGGUGGUUUGAAGUCAAAGCUAGACAGAACUGAAACUGGAAGUGAGGGCAAUUUUGAGAGGUUUGAUAAAGCUAAAGAUUAGCUGUAUCAUGAGAUGAGCUGAACUCUUCAAGUCAAAUUUGUAUGUCUUCUAGAAAGAAAGCCUUUAUUUCCCCCUGAAGUUAUUCGUCUGGGUACAGCCAUUGCACAUUAGGAAUCUUUGGCUUCCAUAAUGCAGGAGGCCAGGGUACGUGGUCACCACGAUUCCUUCCACCAGGGUGACCUAAGAGGUUCUGAAUAUGUUCUGGGACAGGUAAUUGGAGAGGCUCACCCCAGAAUAUACUCACAAGGUAUAUGUGGACAAGCAGUGGAGCAGGCAUUCAGAUCUGGCCCCUCCCACAGCCACUGCUCUUCAGUGAGCAGGAGGCCCUAAAAUUGUUGCCAUCUACUAAUUUUCCUAGCAGCAAAAAUAGAGUCACAGAAACGAUAAUGGGUACUGGAAGGAAUGGAUGAUAGCAGCAGCUAAAUGACCUUUUAAGGCAUUAUCAACCUGUGUGUUCAAUUUGUGAUUCUUUCAAAAUGGCCAGCCAGAUGAACGCCCAGGCAAAGAUGGAUCUAACCAAGGGUCUCCAGAGUUAACUGACCCUCUCAUCUGAGUUCAGUCGACGUCAUCAAAUGGUGCCACUUUGCUGUUAGCUUGUAGUAUUUGAGGGUAACAGGUAGUUUGAGACCAGAAUGUUAGGUAAGGGAAAGGUUGUAGCAUGUAGGAAAGGGAUAGAGGUCAGAAAGUUAGUGGGAAGAUGCCUUUCUCUAAAUGAAAAUGUUUCUAGACAGGUAGUAAUGGAGCAGGAAGAAUUGAGCGAUGACAUGAUAGUGCUUAGGAUAGAUUUGGUAACAGAGUUAGCAUAAAAAUGCAGGUCUGUCUCUAUAUCAUGUAGCUGGUACUGCUUGUGCAGUGGUACCAGUUAAAAAAAAACCCUGAGGAUACUGUGUUUGUGUUCUCAGAUGUAUCUAAAUAUCCAGACUGAGGGCUUCAACUCCCAUAAAGGUACCACAUGGGUCUACUGGAUUACCUGAAUGUAAGCCUACAUCAGAAAGGCACUGUGUGUUUGGCAGGCCUGGGCAAACUGGAAUCUUCAGGCCCGUUUCAGUCUCAUUUCCAUGAGCACAUAGCCCCUGGCAUUCUUGGAGGUGCACUGGUGUGAAGCAGUGGCAGGUUUCAGCUGAUGGUGUCAAACGAUCCACAGCUGCCAAACUUACAUCUACAUCUACUCUGUUCUCACUCCUAUCCUGUAACUGGAACUGAAAGCAGAAUUUUUCUCACUGCAUCCCAAAUCUUACAGGUCAUGUGGAAACAGAAUAGAGUUCUUCUGGGCAUUCCCUGGAGACUGGGGAUAACCCCAUAAGUCACUGGUGACUGUGGGAGGGAGCUAUUUCACUUGCAGAUUCCUUGUACAGUGUGUCAUGGUACUUCAGUCUGCCGGUUCCUCCUAAAACCCACCUGGGCUGCUUAGCAUAAAGAUGAACAAGUCUGAAUUUCCUCAAUCAGAUAAUCUGCCUCUGUGGAGGUUUUUACUUAUUGUGAAACACUGGAGCAUAUUUGGCCCUGGAGUAAACGGCAUCCAUACCAUGAAAUCUGUGAGAGAUGUGUGCUUUUAAGAGGUCAAGUGAAAUUUAGCUCACUGCCCCAUUUGCUUAGGAAGGGCAACUGCAGGUCAUUUCUCUAUAGAUGCAUACCUCUCUGUAUGAUAUUCAGUGCUGCAUCUUCUCACGGACCCUGCACGUGCUCUUUUAGCCCAUCCCAAAUCAACACCUUGUUUUGCAGUGUACUGAGUUCACAAGUUUUCUGUGGUGCAUUUCAAAACAACCCAGCACAGUCUCUGUGGCCUUUCUGAAACAGGGAGGUUCAUGGCAGCCACAGCUUCUAACUCACCCCCUCCAUCAUAAGAGCCAGAUCCCACAGCUGGUGUAAAUCAGUGAUGUGAUGGGGCAUCACUUUGGUGGUGCUGAGCUGGUUGACACCUUUCCUGCAGAUCUGGCACUGAAACCUGAAUGGAUUUAUUGAGGUUUCAGGACAAAGGGAAGAGAACUCAGCUGGUUGUGGCAGGAAAGUGAGGAGCACCCCAAAAGCUCGUUGUCUCCCAAGGCUUAAGCCCAGGCCUGAUUCCUUGUAUACAAAUGUGAAUGAGUGAGUGACUGCUUGCUGCCAAACUGGAAAUGUUUUGUAGGGAUUUACUGGCAUGUUACUGGCAUGUUACAUGUUUACUGGCAUGUUAUCAUUCCUAGAAGAGAAGAAGAAGAAAAAAAAACAAACUUGACUGCACAUUGUUAUUAUUAGUGUUGUGAUUUUAAUUUAAUUUUUUUGUAAUACAAAGUUGACUUUUUUAUUUGAAUUUGUCUUGAUUUUUUUUUUUUUUUAUUUAUUGGUCUGAAAGCCAUUUCAAAGGUAUAAUAAUAUAUUUGGUGUAAUUUAAUUGGUGCAACAUUAUUUUACAGCUCUGGCCAAAAUUGUUUGGUGUUAUUUUUUGGUUUGUUUUUUUUUUCUCCCAAUCCUUGGUUGGUUUGAGCUCUACGAGGCACACAGGGGAAAACGCUGGAUAAUCACCCAAAGUGUUUGUAUUUUUAAUCUGAUACUGUUUUUUAUUAAAUAAAAUGAAAUUAAUGUAAUUG